AUUCGACCUCAUAAAAGCAAGGUCCAACCUUGCAAACGACACACUCCAUCAUUGGUGGUCUAGUAGAGAACAACUCAAGCGUCUGCAUUGUCUUCAACUGCAAAUAUGUUUUCCGAAAAGCACAACGAGCCUGCUACUCACAAAACUGUCAGCGAGAUGGUGAGUGAGCAUCCGACAACUAUUCAAACCUCUUCGCCAACCGCAGCAGAACGUCAGCGGAAAAAGUCGAUCAACGAAGCCGAUGAGAUCGAAAAGGAGGUGAGGGAGCUUCGUCGACGUGACGAGGAAGAGAUUCGUCGCAAGCAUCUGGGAGCCUUGAAAAGAAUCGAACAACAUCUCAAUCAGAAUGGUGGAGACUUGUCUUACCUGUUGAAUCAGCAAAGGGUUCCCACCGAAGUGAGAUCCGUUCAACUGACUGGAUUCGGACUGGGAAAGAACAUCAAUAUCGCCAAAGUUCACAUUCCACUACCGUUGAAACACGAAGUUCUCAUUCGCGCCCAUUCUUGUGGAGUUAAUUUUGAUGAUGUCAUGACUCGUAAUGGAAUGCUGGACAACUGGGUUCGUUCAUUGAAGGCACCUUUCAUCAUGGGAAGUGAAGUGGCAGGUGAAGUUAUCGGACUUGGAAAAAAUGUCACUGAACUGAAUUUGGGUGAUCGAGUCAUGUGUCUACCAGAACGCAAAGCUUGGAGUGAAUAUGCCGUGUGUCGCGUCGAGCAUUGCUUCAAAAUUCCCGAAGAGAUGAGCUACAAUGACGCAGUGGCUUUGACUGUCGACGGGAUCGUGGCCUACUCUUUGCUCUUCCAAAUGGGAUCUCUCUACCCUGGCAAAGCUGUUCUCUUGCACUCCACUCCGGGCGGAUUGGGCUCUAUGGUGACCCAAAUGGUUCGUACCGUGCCAGAAACCAUCCUCUUCAAAAUCGCGAUGGAAAAUGAGGGGCAGAUAAAAUUCACGAAUCAAAAUGUCCACUACAUCGAUCACGAUUCCGACUACGUCACGGAGAUCCGGCACAGUUCUCCCCACGGCGUCGAUCUGGUUCUCGAUUGUCAAUACGAGGACAAUUUCCUUCGUGAUUUAAAUCUUCUGAGACCCAUGGGGAAAUACGUCCUGUUCGGGACUCAGGCGGCCGUUCAUCGCGGAUUCUUCGAUAGCGCCAGAACCUGGUGGGGCAAAGAUAAAAUUUCACCACUGAAACUCUACGAGGAGAACAAGAGCGUCUGCGGAUUCAACUUACGUAACUUGCUCUACUUCCAAAAGGAUCGCGAUUACGUCCGUGAAGUAUUCUGCAGGGUUUGCAAAAUGUGGCAAGAAGGUUCCAUCAGACCUGAUUUCGACGUUCUUCUGUUCGAUGAUCUGAAUGAAGCGUUGCAGCGGAUGCAGGAGCACGGACAAAUCGGCAAAAUCAUUUUGAAUCCGACCGAGUCCAGAGAAACGACGGAAAUUCCCGACUAUUACGCCAUCGCCGAGAAGAACGUGAAGAAGAGAAUCUGGGACCAGAAGCCGUUCCUGAACAAAUUGGGAUUACCUGAGCCAGGUGAAUUGGUCAGGGACAAGUCGCUGGUGGAAGAGGAGAGAGAGCGUGCCCAGCAGAAGGAACAAGAGGAAAUGCAAAGGAAAUACGAGCAGCAGCAGCAAAAUCAGCAGUAUAUUCAACGUUUGACUCAACCCCAAGAGAAAUUUUACGAAGCAAGAGGAGCGGUUCCUGAAAGGACUCAGACUCCGUCGACUUAUGAAGUCCGCACUGGGAACUUGUCCGGCGAGCCUCCAAUUGUUUAUGAUCCUUCUUCCGGACGAACUGUGUACAAUGUAACUACUGCAGAAACUUGUCCGUAUUUGGCUCAAGCCGCUCAACAACCAAUUUCUACUACGGUGAAAAAUGUGCCCAGCUUCCAGACUGUAAUCAAGGAACCGCUGACAUCAACUCGUGCUUCCACCGUGACAGCCGAGACCGGAAGAGAAGUCGGAAGAGAAGCCAUCUUGACCAAGGAGAGAGUUGAGCUGUCAGUCCCAAUGACCAAUAAAGAGGUCAUAAAUCUGAAAGAACAACUUCCUGGAGCCGUGCUGGAAGAUAAAUAUACAGGAGAUAAAUAUACUCGUGGCCUUCUGGAAAAACGUACUAACGAAUGAGAUCGAUUUGUAUGAGGAUCGUCAUAUUUUUGCUGAACUUUUAGCGCCACCUUUUUUAAUUCAGAUUUUAAUUUCAAACGAAAGAUUUGUAAUUCACUUCCACUCGAAAUAAACAUAGAAAAUUUAA